GACCAUGGGUAUAUUCAAGCAUUGUUAUGAAGCUUACCUAGAAGCGUGUCCAUGCCGAUUUGAUUGUAACAUGACCUUUAGAAGGUUUACACGUGUAGGGAUGGCGUUAUUUCUACUUAUUACGAUACCACUUCAGGCCGCUGGAAUGUUCACAUCAAACUGGGCGGAGACAAAACAGUGUUCAAACUUUGGUUUGGUUAAUACCAAAUGUGAAAAUCUCACACGUAGUGGGAAAGAUGCUUUGGAUUCAAGCGCCUUUGGAUUUCAAACAGUCUCCUUCAUCAUCCACCUAGCUACUGCUGUUGUCUACAUGUGUGUGUGGUGCUCCUUUUAUAAAAGGUUCCAAGAAAAAAACGACGAGGAUGAAAUUGCCAUUGCAAAGUUUUGCUUCCUGUGUUUCCUGCCGGCAGCGCUCUUCCUUGCUGGACUGCUUAAUUUCGUCAGCUGCAUGAUUGUGAGUAACAAAUCAUUGGGACAAGACUUCAAGCUAGGAUAUUCCUAUUAUCUUUGUUUAAUUACCAGCAUCUUCAUGAUGAUCAUUUAUGCUAUCUUCAUUAUUGGUUACUUUAUCAAAACGUACGCCAAGCACUGUAUGUGCCGGUGUCAUUUUGAAGAUCCAUGGAAAACUCAUGCAAGGGCAACGGAGAGAACAGCACAGGGAAUAACUAUCGAGAAAAUGCAACACACCGGCAACAUUUAAAUAACAGAGGACAUAAAACUUUACACGAAGGGCAGAGAAUGAAGUCAGAUGUUAAAAUAUCAAAACAUUAACACGACCAGUUCAUAUCUUAAAUAACUUCGUCAAUUCAGAAGCCAGAAAGCUAAAGCCUAAAACCGAGCGUAUCAUUAACAUUGACUUAAGAAAUGGGCAUAUAAAAUGAUUUAAAAAAUACACAUGUAACUUACAAAACAACUAACCUGGAUAAAAUAAGUUCCACGUUUUAAGUUUUUAUGACUCUGUAGCCAUUUUGUCAAGUUUGCAACCAUUUCGCUCGCUUGAGGGAAGUGUGAAACCACUUCACGUCCUGAAAUUCGUGUACAGUUUCUAAAUUGUUUUACAUAGCAUAAUACAAAAUUUGAUAUUUUAACACUAAACAUAGGAGGAAAAUGGUUAUAAACGUGUACCAACGUAUAUUACAAGGUAAUAAGUGAACUCUUGUUGUUUAUCUUUAAUGUGUAGUGUGCGUAACAAGGAGAAAUAACACUUCGAAUUGUCUGAUAUAAGUAGAUUGAAGAGAAAAAUCAAGAUCAGAAAUAUGCAAGUUACUACUUAUAAUCUAGCUUUAGACAAAUGCUUGGAAUCUUGAAAUCUUGCUAUCAUUCAAUAUUUCUUUAACGAACCUUUUUCGUUAUUGUUUAUUAGAUUUAGUAUACUAUUUCUUUCUGAACCAUUGAAGGAGAAUGCUUGAUCUAUUUUGUUUCUAGUGGUUUGUCUUGUUUUUUGUAGAUAGUUCCCGAUUUUAACAAUAUUCACCCCUUUGCCAAACACGGCAAAAGAGCCAGUAGGGAUCAAUAUUCUAUAUAAUAUAAUUGACAAAGAUAAAAUCGCAAAUAUAAAGCAACAGAGUUUGCUGAAUUGUCAAGUUCUUUUAUUUAUACAUAUGAAGAAUAAGCUAUCAAAUUUCUAUAACAUGUAUGUAAAAAAAAUUUUAUCAGUUUUUGCAUGAAUAUUAAUAAAAUAAGAGACGAUCUCAAAGGCGCGGCCAGGGGAGGUAAUUAUAGCAAUUUCUAUGUGAAAAACAUGUAUUGUUAAAUAAUAGGCUUAAGUUUAAUCCAAGUAUCUAAUCAAUUUUUAAAUGGUAGGUUUACAAUAAAAUGAAAAUACACAAAUGACCUACUAUGCAUUUUGAUAAUUUUGUUAAAAUAGGAGUAAAACUUUUCAUUACACACAUAAUUUUAUAUACAUGUAUAUUCUUUAAUUACUCUUUCAUUUUGUUUGGCAAAAAUGCACGAUUUGCGCAUGUAUAAAAUGAUGUGAGAAAUCUAGAAAGUUGAUAUUCUAUAGCACAUUCAAAGUAUAUUUAUAUAAUAUACUUCAGAAUAUAUUUUACUUAAAUUGAUCACUUUUAUCCAUGUAUUGCAAGUUGUAAAAAUGUGUGCUAAUCCAUGCUGUGAAAGUUAAUAAUGAUUGAUAUUUUCAUGACUUAUUUUGACUUGUAUAAUUAUAAUGUAUAUACAUUUUAAAAUAUAUAAUAUAUUU